AUGGCAGUCACAGAGAAGAGCGUCACGGCCGACGGCGUGCCCGCUGUUGGCCAUCCGGGGGAGCUCAAGGAUGAAAAGGUCGUCAUCGAUGUUGACGAGGCCGAUAUCGAGGAGGAGGAUCUCUACAAGCCCCUUCUCAUGGACCCGUCGAUUCCUCAUGAGGCGAACCCGCUUACCUUCCGUGCCGUCGUCGUGGGAAUCAUACUCGGAACCCUCGUCGGUGCUUCGAACUUGUACCUUGGUCUCAAAACCGGCUUCACCUUUUCGGCCAACAUGUUCGGUGCUAUCUUCGGUUUCGGUAUCCUCAAGUUCCUGUCUAAGGCGACCAACUCCUUCUUUGGACCUCAGGAGAACAGUAUUGUGCAAGCCGCCGCUACCGGAGCCGGAGGUAUCAGCGGAAUUUUCGUUGCUGGUCUGCCGGCCAUGUACCGCCUGGGCCUCUUGAGCAAGUCUCCUAUCGACGACAUUGGCCGCAUGUUCACCAUCACGAUUGUCUGCACUUUCGUCGGUCUCUUCUUCAGCACUCCCCUGCGAAAGUUCUUCAUCAUCCAGGUCGCCCGCGAGCUGCGUCUUUUGUUCCCUUCGCCAACUGCCACAGCUCUUACCAUCCGCUCAAUGCACGCUGGAGCUGCUGGAGGUGUCGAGGCCAUGAAGAAGCUCAAGGGACUUCUCAUCACCUUCGGAGCUGCCGUCGUUCACCGUGUGGCUUCGUACUACGCUAUCGGCAUUCUUUACGAUUGGCACUUUUUCACAUGGUUCCACAUCUGGUCCGGCUACACAUCCUGGGCGCUCAACAUCGAGUCAUGGGGGUGGUACUUUGAGGUCACGCCAUCAUUCAUCGGCUCUGGUAUGCUUAUCGGUCUCAACUCUGCCUUCAGCAUGUUUGCCGGUUCCUUCCUGGCCUGGGGAUUCAUCGGCCCGCUCCUUGUGCACUACGAGGAAUGCAUUGGUAUCCAGGAGCUGACAUUACCCGAACAACAGCUCUCGGAUGAUCCUAAAUGGGACAGCCUCUACUCCUUUGCCUCUCUUUCAGGUCUUGGAAAGCGCAAGCCCUCGCCUCGUUACUGGCUCCUGUGGCCCGGUGUCAUGAUCAUGGUGUGCAGCUCCAUGGCCGAGCUCUUCAUCCAGUACAAGGUCAUUGGCGUUGCUUUCAAGGCUGGCUGGCGCCAGACCUGCAUUGGCAUCAACGACAUUCUCGCCAAGCGCGGAAAGCAAAACGCCUUCUUCGCCGCGCAGGCUGCAAAGGGCAAUGCGGAGGACUCCGGCUCUGAGCUCGUCCAGGACUCGGCCAAGCCCGAGGACCGCGUCCGGACUUGGAUGUGGACGUCGGGCCUGCUCGCCUCACUGAUCCUUUCCAUCAUCGUCCUUCACUUCCAGUGGAACAUCGGCGGCGGCUUGACCAUUCUCAUCAUACUUCUAUCCUUCAUCUUCUCCUUCCUGGCUGUCCAGAUCGGAGCCGUUACCGACACGACGCCUCUCACAGCCGCCAGCAAAGCCGCCCAGCUCGUUGUUGGUGGCACCACCUCGGGCGCUGGCUUCGCUCUGGCCGACGCCCAGCGCAUCAACAUCAUCGCAUCCAGUGUUGCUGGUGGCGCCGCCGGUGUCGCUACCGAUCUCACCAGCGACUUCAGGGUUGGAUUCUUGCUUGGCACCCCUCCCAUCAAGCAGUGGAUUGCUCAGGCCGUCGGCAGCGUGUUCAGCGUCUUCAUCGCCCCGGCAUUGUUCGUCCUGUUCGCCACGGCCUACCCCUGUAUCAUCCAAACCCAGGGCGACUUGGACCACUGCGCCUUCGCUACCCCCUCCGUCGCCGCCUGGCAGGCCGUUGCCCAGGCCGUCACCGACCCCUCCAUCUCCAUCCCCAAGAGCUCCGGAAUCACCGCCUGCCUCCUCGGCGCCCUCUCCAUCGCCCAGGUCGUCUUCCGCCACUACUACCUCGUCGGCUCCCGUGAGAAGUACAGAGACUACCUGCCCAACUGGGGUGCCAUCGCCCUCAGUUUCGUCAUUCCCUCUCCUGUCUUCACCAACGCCGCUCUGGCUGGCGCUCUCUUCGCUCACUUCUGGCGCAAGUACCGCCCUCAAAGCUGGGACACCUACGGCUACGCUGUCGCUGCCGGAGCCAUCGCCGGCGAAGGAAUGGGUGGUGUCAUUGGUGCCGUCCUGCAGCUCGCCAACGUUUCGGGUGACCGCUACGGCACAAACAUUGCCUGCCCGGCUGACUCUUGUUAA